AUUAUCAGCGAGGUCACAUUGGUUGGAUUCUGAGGAGCUGGUUUUUUGUGCAUUUUUGGAUUUUGAGCGCCCUUGCCUUUUGAGGAUUCUUUAGACACGAUAAUGGCGGAUGACACCAACGAGGACAGCUGGCUGUAUGGCACCUCGAAUCCGGACUCCACGACCGGCGAGCUGGGCAAUGGCGGGGAUUCACUGACGGCGGAGCACGAGGCCGUGGCGGAGGCUCAGGCAUUGGCCGCAGUGGUGGCCGGCGAGAAGCCGGUUUCAUCGGUCGGAGUUGAAUGCGCCGGAGAUUCGCCACGCUAUCCCAAGGAGGAGGUACCCGAGUACUCGGAGUUCGACGAUCCGGCACAGGAAAUGGAGGAGGACGAGGAGGCACUUCCCGACACCACGGACGGCAGAGGUCGGAGGGAUAGGGAUCGUGAUCGGGAUCGAGGCCGGUUUGCGGAUAGGUCUGAUGCUCAGUGUUCCCCAGAUCCAGAGGAUGAUGAGAUGGCCGAUGCACCCAGCUCUAGACGGGAAAGGAACGGGUCAGGGUCCGACGAAGACGAUGAUGACGACUCGGACGACGAUAUAAACGUGGUCAUCGGGGACAUUAAGCAAGCCCCAAGCACCUACAACAUCAAGCAGAGACCUAAUCUCCUGGCCGGAGGCACUGGGGCCGCCGGAGACAAGGCCAAGCCGACUGGCCAGGCUGGAAAGUUUAGCAUCGAGGAUUUCGAGGGCGCCGGCACAAUUAAUGGGGUCGCAGUGCACGAAUUCAGCAUCGAUUCGCUAGAAGAAAAACCGUGGCGCAAGCCGGGAGCAGAUAUUACGGACUACUUCAACUACGGAUUCAACGAAGAAACGUGGCGCGCCUAUUGCGAGCGGCAGAAGCGCUUUCGGGUGGCGGAGAGUGGCGUAGGACUGGCCAGUCUUACGCAGAACGUUAACCAGAAUGCACCCAUUGGAAUUCUAACAGAUGGCGGAAUGGGAAUGGGCCCACCAGGAAUGCACAGCAUCCAGUCCAUGGUAGGAAUGGGCGGAGAGGGUGGCAUGCAGAUGCCUCCGCCGGGAAUGCCGCCGCCCAUGAUGCAGCACCAGUCGCGGUCCGGAAUGGGACUAAUGCAACGUCCACCAAGACCCAUCUCCACAACAGGUGGCGAAAGGGGCGGUGAUCGUGAAAGGGGUGUUAAGGAGAACGCCAUACAAGUGAUGACCGCCGAGUGCCGAGAGUAUUCGCGUGGUGGCCUGGGACCCAUGGCACCAAACUUCCCGUUACCCGGAGCCUCUGAGGAACCCUUCUUCCACGAGCCAGAACCUUUCGACUACGGCUAUGAGCCCACUCAGGAGUCGCAGUGGGGAAGCGACAAUGCUGGGUGGGUGCCCAGCGGGAUCAAGGAACUGACUCCGGGUCAUGCCCAUAUGCAACAGCCACCACCUGGUAUGCCGCCUCCUGGGAUGAGUGUGCCCCCGCCACAGAUGGGCGGUCCGCCACCUAAUUUACGCGGAAUGUUGCCGCCUAACAUGCGCAUGCCACCAAAUAUGAACAUGGGACCGCCACCAGGAAUGAUGAUGGGAGGCAACGGACCGCCGAUGCGAAUGGGGAUGGCGCCGCCACAGCGAAUGACGAUGGGCGACCGUGGUGGCUACGAGGAUGAUCGGGAACGGAGAAGGCGUGAGAAGGACAAACUGCUAAAAAAAGAUCAGCUGCGAAAGGACUUCCUUGACAUGCUGCGGGAGAGACAUGAUAUUGAAAGGCACACUAGGUGGUAUGACAUCAAGAAAAAGUUUGAGGCGGAUCCGAGGUACCGAGCCCUUGACUCGUCAUAUCGCGAAGAGUACUUUGAAGACUAUCUACACCUGCUCAAGGAGGAGAAGCGCAAAGAACGUGACCUUAAGGAACGGGAGCGACAUCGCGAUAAGGAGCGAUCUCGUGACAAAGACAAGGAGAAGGAUAAAGAUAAGGAAAAGGAUAAAGAAAAAGAUAAGGAUAAAGACAAAGAUAAAGAUAAGGAUAAGGACAAGGACAAAGAAAGCUCGCGUCGAGAACGCUCCCGAUCUCGAGAAAAGUCCAGCCGUCGGAAGUCCAAGUCUCGCGAGAAAGAUCGAAGCGAACGAAGCAGCAAGAGCAGCAGUAGCAACGCCGCCGGAUCUUCCAGUCGCAGCGAGAAGAAAAAGUCUCAUCGCAAGGAUAAAGAAGAGGUGGAAUAGCAUUUGUUUAGGUACUAUAUGGAAGACGAACGAGAAGCAACUCUUUGAGCUGCGCUCCACAAAAAAUUAAAAGGAAGAAGUAAAAAAAUAUAUUCGAAAUACUUUCAAUAAAAGAUAGAUCUAAAAAAAAGUGGACGACUGUUAAAAGAAAAAUAAGAGGAUUGGAGAUAAAUACACUUUGUAUAUUUUAAAGUAA